AUGGGUUUAUCCAGUGAGACCUUAUCCAACCUCUUCUCAUCACCUACAGCUAUUAUCGCUGGAUUAAUCGGUCUCUUUUGUCUCCUAAACCUCAAAUCUCUGCCCUUUUUCUGGCACCUCCGCAUCAUCUCAGCCUUCACCCAACACCGCUCUACCUCCUUCAACCAUAACCCGUCCGACACCCUCAACCUCUCCAAGCACCUCCACACUCCGCUCCUAUUCCGGCCCCUCAUCACUACCACCCGAUGCAGCAUCCUCGAAAUCGACUACGUCCUUCACAAAUCAAACAGCACCUACCUCACCGACCUUGACAUUAGUCGCGUACAUCUCCUCCUCGCUCUCUUCAAGAACGGCAUUGCAAACCUCCAGAAAAAUGAAUAUGCUGCUGGUAAGAAGAAAACCGUGAUGCCGGUUCUAGGAGGUGUGAGUGUGAGUUUCAGACGGGCCAUCCCACCGUUGCAAAAGUAUGAUGUUGUGACGCGAGUGCUGUGUUGGGAUGAGAAGUGGAUUUAUGUUGUUAGUUGGUUUGUUAAGGCUGGAUAUAUGGGGGGUACGAAGAAGAAGAAAGAGAAGGAGAGUUAUGGGUCGAGCAAUGGUGGCUCGGCGAAUAUUGCAGGAAAGCAAGAAAACACCGAGUCAUCAAGACCUAUAUUUCCUAAGAACGUGUAUGCGACGUCCCUUGCUAAGUAUGUUAUUAAGGCUGGCAGUGUGACGGUGAAGCCUGAGAGCUUGAUAGUGGCUGGUGGUUUGCUGCCGGUGGGUGGUAGUAACGAGGCCAAGGGGGCCAGGGCCAUUAUUGAGAAGGAGAGGCUGCGGGCGUUGAAGUAUGGAACUGCUUUUAGUCAAUUGGAUGGACUGCAUGGCGAGCUUGAUGUAGAUGUGGAUACAUUGGGCUUCUUUAGGGAUUUAGUAUAG